AUGCCUUUUACUUCUCGGAAGGACGAGCUGUCUGUCCACAAGGGCUGUGUCAUGUGGGGAAGUAGAGUGGUCAUUCCUAAACCCUUUUGGGAAUGGGUCCUCGCAGCCCUUCACGAAGCGCAUCCCGGGGUGAUGCGCAUGAAAGCCCUGGCCCGGAGUUACGUCUGGUGGCCGGGGAUGGACCGGGACAUAGAGGACGUGGUGAAGAGGUGCCAACCUUGCCAAGCGUCCCGGCCCGAGCCACCCCGCACCCCGGAACGGGCCUGGGAAUCUUCCCACCGCCCCUGGUCCCGGUUACACUUGGACUUUGUGGGACCGUUCCAGGGGCAACUUUUCUUUAUACUGGUGGAUUCCUUCAGCAAGUGGCUGGAGGUAGUUCCUGUGCCUUCAACCUCCUCGAAGGCAGCCAUCCGGGCGAUGUGGCGGAUCUUCAGCGCCCAGGGAAUCCCAGACAUGCUGGUCACAGACAACGGGAUGGCAUUCACGUCCACGGAGUUCCAGGACUUCACGAGGUACUACGGUAUCCGCCACGUCCAGUCUGCCCCAUUCCACCCCACCACCAACGGCCAGGCAGAGCGCAUGUGCUUUGAUUCCUAUUACCGCAUCUCGCAGUGUGGGCUGAAAGCAAUCAAAUUACUGUGCAUCAUUCCGAGCGUGAUGGGUUCAGAAUCGGAAUUGUACAAACAAUAA